AUGGUGGGUGAAGAAGGUUGUGAGGAGCGUUUGAUUAACGAGGAGUACAAAAUAUGGAAGAAGAAUACUCCAUUUCUUUAUGACAUGGUUAUGACGCACGCCUUGGAGUGGCCGAGCUUGACAGUACAGUGGUUACCAGAUGUACAGAGUUAUGUAUCUUGGUGUAAGGUGGUCGCAAGGGUCAUUUUAAGGGUUGAAGGAAGUGAUUAUACGACACAUCGUCUCAUACUUGGCACUCACACUUCCGAUGAGCAAAAUCAUUUAGUUAUUGCCAAACUGUUGUUACCAACUGAUGAUGCUCAGUUUGACGCUUCAAAAUAUGAUACAGAGAAAGGAGAGUUUGGUGGCUUUGGUUCUAUAACUGGAAAAAUUGAUGUCGAGAUAAAAAUGAAUCACGAAGGAGAAGUGAAUCGCGCACGUUAUAUGCCUCAAAACCCAAAUUUGCUUGCUACAAAGUCGCCCAGCAGCGAGGUUUUUAUAUUUGAUUACACAAAACAUCCCUCCACGCCUAGCGCAGAUAACCUUUGUAAGCCACAGCUGCGUCUCCGUGGUCAUACAAAAGAGGGAUAUGGACUCUCGUGGAACUCUAAUCUACCUGGUCAUUUACUUUCUGCUUCAGAUGAUUGUACUGUUUGCUUGUGGGAUGUCCAGGCUGCCACGUCUCAGUCUGUUUAUUUGGAUGCGAAAACAAUUUUCAAUGGACAUAGUUCAGUAGUGGAAGAUGUCGCCUGGCAUGUGUUGCAUGACGCGGUUUUCGGUUCAGUAGGGGAUGAUAAGAAGCUGAUGAUCUGGGAUACGAGAAAUAACAGCAACACAAAACCUGCACACACUGUGGAAGCUCACACUGCCGAAGUCAACUGUCUGUCGUUCAAUCCCUACUCUGAAUUCAUUUUAGCAACUGGCUCGGCUGACAAGACGGUUGCCCUAUGGGAUUUACGAAAUCUCAAGUUAAAGUUACACUCGUUCGAGUCACACAAAGAUGAAAUAUUCCAAGUGCAGUGGUCUCCUCACAAUGAAACCAUUUUGGCUUCAUCGGGUACUGAUCGGCGUCUUCAUGUUUGGGAUCUGAGUAAAAUUGGCGAGGAACAAACUCCUGAAGAUGCUGAGGACGGGCCUGCUGAAUUGUUGUUCAUUCAUGGAGGGCAUACAGCAAAGAUAUCUGAUUUCUCGUGGAAUCCUAAUGAACCGUGGGUCGUUUGUUCUGUCUCGGAAGAUAACAUUAUGCAAAUUUGGCAGAUGGCUGACAACAUAUAUAAUGAGGAAGAUUCUGAAACUCCUGGUGACCAAUUGGAUCGCUGA